AUGUUAUUCCGACAAUCCACAAGGCAUAUCUCUCUAUCUGCCACUGCCCAUCUGGGUACCUCCAUUAAUCGGCGGACAUGGACAUCUACUGCGACUAGAUUCAAAUCAGAGACGCAAUCGAGUGCCUACCGGGAAGGCAUAGCUACUUAUCGAGCCUUUGUUAGUCCUUUUGCCAAGGUCUUUCUGGGUGCCGUGUUCACAUACCAGGUCAUUUACUGGUGCUGGGUAAAACUGGAGACGGACGAAGAGAAACUAGCGAAGAAUGAAGAAUUGGCCACUCUAGAAAAGAAGGCUAGAGAGCUGGCCGCUGCUAAGAAAUGA